AGUUCAAUGGAGUUCAUUCCUAGUUUGUCAGUAUCUAGUAAAACUUGGCCCUAGAUAAACUUGUUGACUCAGAAGAAUUGAGAGCCACUAUUGGCUAAUUGUUUGCCACUGUCCAUUUUGCAGGCACAAUAUAUAAAGUGUGGGCUCUGACGUAUAAAAUAUUCCCCGGUCAGACCCAAGAGCUGUUGCUACUCGCGACAAUGGAACCGCUGGGAGCAACCACGGUGUUCCUGGUCAUUUGUGUCUCUUGCCUUCUCUUCUUUUCAGUACGGAGGAAGACGUCUGGAAGUGGGAAGCUGCCGCCCGGCCCUGUGGCUUUUCCCCUCAUAGGAAAUGCCCUGCAGCUGAAUUUGAGGAACUUGCCUGACUCUAUACAUAAGAUCAGUGCGAAGUACGGCCCUGUUUUCACACUAAGCUUUGGCUCGGAGCGGAUUGUGAUACUGUGUGGGCAUGAGGCUGUGAAGGAAGCUCUAAUAGAUCAAGGGGAGGAUUUCAGUGGAAGAGGAAACCUGCCACUAGCAGACGUGGUGAUCAAAGGAACAGGCAUUAUUUUCGCCAAUGGGGAGCAGUGGAAGCAGCUUCGCAGAUUUGUCCUCACAACCCUGAGAAAUUUUGGGAUGGGGAAGAAGAGCAUUGAGAUGCGAAUCCAAGAGGAAGCCCGUUUUCUGGUGGAAAGGCUCAGAAACACGCAUGGGCAGCCCUUUGACCCUACCAUCUGCUUCACGCACGCCGUCUCCAACGUCAUCUCCUCCAUUGUCUUUGGGGAUCGGUUUGACUAUGAAGAUCAGAAAUUUCUGACUUUAAUUAAUCUCCUAGAGGAAAAUAAUGACCUCGUGGGCUCUGUUCUGGUACAGAUGCACAAUUUUUUCCCAACUUUCAUGUCUUACAUUCCGGGCCCUCACAAGAAGAUGAUUAACAGUUCUCAGGAGCUCAUUAGUUUUGUUCGAGAGAGAAUUAAGAUGCACAAGGAGUCUCUGGAUCCCAGCUGCCCUCGGGACUUCAUCGAUGCAUUCCUCAUCAAAAUGGAAGAGGAACGACAGAAUGGCCAGUCGGUUUUUAACACUGAUAACUUGGUAAGAAGCACAAUAGAUUUAUUCCUGGCUGGAACAGGAACCACCAGCACCACCCUGAGACACGGAUUGCUGCUGCUUCUGAAAUACCCAGACGUAGAAGAGAAAGUUCACGAAGAGAUUGACCGUGUGAUUGGCCGAAACCGAAGUCCAUGCACGGUGGACCGAAGCCAGAUGCCCUACACAGAUGCCGUGAUCCAUGAGAUCCAGAGAUUUGUUAACCUGGUCCCCUUCAGUAUCCCACACGCAGUGACCAAAGACGUUCGCUUCAGAGAAUAUGUCAUCCCCAAGGGCACUACAGUAUUCCCAUCUCUGGAAUCAGUCCUACGUGACAGCAAGGAAUUCCCAAACCCAGAGCAAUUUAACCCAGGACAUUUUUUGGAUGAAAAUGGUGCUUUUAAGAAGAGUGACUUCUUCAUGCCUUUUUCUGCAGGGAAACGAAUAUGCGCGGGAGAGGGACUGGCUCGGAUGGAGCUCUUUUUGGUCCUGACAGUGAUUUUGCAGAAUUUUACCUUGAAACCUCUCAUUGACCCCAAAGACAUUGAUAUAACUUCAAUACCAAGUUUUUUGUUACUUGUACCAAAACCAUACCGGCUCUGUGUUUUGCCUCGAUAGAGACCAUGAAAAGCCACCUUAGUGUCCUAGACCAGUGCAUGAAUUUGAUUGUCUAUGAUUUUGGUCUCAUUAGUGCAGUGACACAAAUGAACUCCUUGUCUUAAACCAGUGAGAUAAAUAACUUGUUUUUUAAGCAACUGUGAUUUAACAAAAUUAAGUGCAAUACCCAAAAAUAACUACCUGCUUGACUCCGAAGGCAUGUACAAUAACCCAGCAGUGUUCUCAGACGGGCUCAGACUCUGCUCUUGACUUAAGCUGGAUAUGUUUUCUGUUCAAUUGUGAUUCAGUUGGCAAUGACGGAGACUUCUUUUGACAGUCACGAAAGCUGCUUUCUUUUACAAGGAGGCUGGUAAUGGUGUCCAGCUCUUGAGCUCUGAUCAGCCAAUCAGAGCUAACUGUGACGAUGUAAUGCCUGUGAUUGGACGUUCUGCUGCGAUGUGACACGUUUCUGAAUUAGUGGGCUGACCUAGCAUUCUCCUUCCCUUGUUGUUCAUGUA